GGGGCGGAAGCGUCUUCGUGGUUAUGUGCCGCCACAGAAGAUGAAAAUGCAAAACGCGGCUGGAUGAACAGCAUACCAGAUGCAAAAAAUGCAUCAUGGAUCACUUACAAGGGGAUGAAACGGGUGCAAGGGCUAGCAUUUGGGAAAGGGAACCACAAAGGGAGCAAGCACAACUACUCGUGGCAGCAGCAUUAUCAGCAGCCACAUGUUCUUGACCAACAAACGACCGCCCUGUGGAAGGGGAACCAGACGCCGAUGGUCGUGCAUAUCCUGAGUAAAAACGUACCCACACCAGAGUCAGGAUGGGGAUUUUGCAACACAAACCUAGGAGUUUUGUGAGUCACGCAUGACAAGUUGCAGUCCGUAGUGUAGUGCAGGUUCGCAAGGCCAGCUGCGUCAUAAAUCCAUCUACUCAUCCUGUUUACAGCAUUACAAAUUCCAAAACACGACUAAAAAUUCUCUCCUGGCGAUGCGCAUUACAAAUGUUCCUGUCAUUGCAAAUCUGCAUGACAACUCUGGUGUGGGGACGUUUUUACUCAGGAUAGUGCAGAAAGGUAGUUCUUACACGACGAGCCCAAAGAACUACAACUUCUAUGAAAAUGCACAACUCCCGCUCCCCCUCAUUUGUAUUGCAUGAACAGCAAUACAAGCGUCGGCAAGAGUACAGGUUUUGCAUGACAAAGUUGGAUAGGAGUGUAGUGCCAUUUGCAUGACAAAGUUAGAUCUCCUGCGCCCGUAGCUGCUUGCGGCGACGGUGCAAAGGUUUUUGAUAUGGUGCAGUCGGGUAUGCAUGACAAAUGAGGGAAGGGGGAGUGGUGCACUCUCAUAACUUCUUUUCCGGGCACAAUUAUCCGCUCCAGCAGGGUAAGAAAGGAGCGGGAAAGCACUUCUACAAAGGACCACCAGGGGGUGGCUCUGCUUUCGCUGGUACAUCGACUAUCGGGAACAAAAAUGGUGCGCAAUACAACGUGGUUGAUCAGGAGUUGUACCACGAUCUCCAGUAUGCCUACAACUCCAUGUCGGUGUGGGAAGAUCAUUCUAUCACUAUCAAAUGCAAAAAUGUCUGGAAGGUUGGAACUUGUGAUGCUAACUUUGGAUGCUAAAAAGAUCUGUAUUGCAUGACCACCAAGAUGAGGAGCCCAGUUUGUGCUACGCGGGGAGGGCAUUUGUCAUGCGGGAUAGGCAUCAGGAAGGCUUCUAAAAAUGUGUGAUGCUAGAUCACGCAUUACAGACAUCCUGAGUCAUGCAAAAUAUGCAUGACAAACCCGGCAACCUUCCAGACCCAGACUUUUUUGCAUUUGAUAAUCUCUAUCAGCACACCAUUCGCUGGUGCUACUGACCCGGCAGCCUUUUACGCCCAGCACCAUCUUCAGGGAGGUGACUCGUCGACAUCGCAGCAACUUCAAAUGUUCUCCACGACUCCGGGCGGCGGGCAUGAAGACUGGAAUUCUUCCUCCUCCACAACAGCGCAAAUCCAAACGGCUAACAACUUUGGCGGAAUAGUACACGAUCCUGCUCAUGACAACAGUUAUGCGCUUUCUAGUAGUUCUUUCCCUACUAGUCAUGAAGGAUCAUACGACAUCACCAGCCGCGGGAACUACAAAGGGGAUCCACCUGGAGGCUUCACCGCCUCCGGGAAGAAAGGUGGAGGUAAGUACGCCCACGCGAUGGACGGCGCUAGUACGAUGACGCAGACGGCAGCUUUUAUGGGUAAAAACCCCUCCGCGACCGGCAAGAUGCAACAAAUGUAUCAACCGCUUCCAAAGGAUGAGAACUUCGUUUUGGCGGAGGGGCAGCAGUAUGAUUUUUUAUCUGCAGAUCGGAGCAGUAGUUCUUGUGGCGCAGAACGAACAGCCAUGCAGAACAAGCCCGCUACUGGUUCUGCUUCCGUUGAAGCUGCAGAUGAUAAAACGGGCAGGUCGUCUGCAGCAGGAGCUAGUAGACCAGAAGCUGCACAACUUUCGGGCGCAGAAGUAGGUGCAACUGGUGGCCUCGCGGCUGCAUGUGGAACUACAUCCGAUGAUGAAAAGGAUCAUGCUAAAAAAACGUCGGCUUCUUGCCACCUGUAUGAACUGCAAAAGUAUCGUACUUCUACUCGUAUAAAUGCAUUACAAAUUUUCUCAGCAUGAAAAAUGAAAUUUGUCAUGCUGAUUUACCUUAAGCAAAGUAUUUGUAAUGCAAGACAUGCAUUUAUACGAGUACGAUACUUUUGCACUGCAUAACCUGCAACAGGAAGUCGAUCUGCAGAAAACCAAAUCUGAGAAGGAACGAGACGACUGGCGAGAGGCUAUUGAGAAAUGGCGGAAUGUUGGUAGUGCAACUACUUGCGCCGGCGAGGACGAGGAGAAGAAAAAUCAAAACCAAAAGCCUCCCACGUUACCACUCCAUUUGACUGCCGUUACCGCCGGAAAUAGUAGUACUGCAGCUGCGAAGAUGUUGGGGACACCAAAGCAGGGAGGUGGUCUGAUGUUGCAAGAGUCGACGUACAACACGUACUGGAGCAAUAAUGAUUUCAACCAAAAUUUCUAUCCUGGUAACAACUUGUCCUCAGCAACUGCAGUGAGUGUCGUCUUCCUGUGCGGACGAGGGCGAUCAUGA